GUAUAGAAAAUUCGUUUAGUCUACAGACUAUACGAAUGUAUUGUACAGUACGGUAGAAACCUAAUCUAAACUUUGUAUCUACCAUUUAAAUACUUACACGGUACCAGAGAAACUAAAAUUCGCCCGCCGGUCACCUACAUUUCUUUGCCGCUGACGCUCAAUCUUUUCAACUAUGUCCGUGUGUUUGGUGGAAAUUGUCAUCACGCCUGGUAAUAAUCGCUGUUUCCAGCUGUUUCAUGUUUUUUUUCGUCAGUUUUCACGGAGAAGCACUCAAAUUAGUCGAUACGAUUUAAUGAUUUUGGGCAGUAAACAUAUUUAUUUCAUAGGUGCCUGAUUUUUGAUCUCGCAUAUAAAGUGUUGGUGAUUACAGAAAAUCAAUAGUUUCCUUUAUUUUGUCAAACUAAAGUAAAUAAUCUACUUUUGCUCACAAUGGCUGAGCCAAAACGCAAAGGAUGGAAAACCCGAGAAUUCAUCGAAAGCAGAUGGAAUAUUACUCGUGACAAUAUACAGCCGGUUACUGCAACGGGAUUUCUGAAGAUCUGGACGAAAUAUGAUCAAGACGCAAAUCGUUAUCUGGAGCGGGAGGAAAUUUCACGCUUCUUGCGGGACUUCAUCAAUUCCGAAGCCAGUAGCCUCGCACAGGCUGCUGAGCACGGUCGUUCUGUCACAUCCGCCAAUAAGGCUAGAACGAUAUCUGAAAGCGACUUAAGGGAACUUACUCAAAUUUUCAUGGAAGAAUUUGAUCAAGACCGUGAUGGGAAAAUUUCCAUAAGAGAGCUAACACAGAUUUUACCGGUGGAAGAAUGUUUCCGCGUAGUUUUAGACCAUGAAAUGGAUGCUGCUUCCGGUCUUGACUAUGUCAAAAUAUGGCAAAAGUACGACGUUGACGGUAGUGGACAUUUGGAAAUGGAAGAACUAAAGCUGUUCUUACACGAUCUGAUCACUAAAAACCACCCCGAACGCCAAAUGGAUCCCAAGAAACUAACGGAACUUGCAAAAAUUGUUAUGACCUUAUAUGACACAAAUGGAGAUGGGCGACUGGGGCUUUCUGAGGUGGUUCGGUUACUUCCGUCUCGGGAGAAUUCGGUGCAGCUAGUGCUGGACAAGGCGCGACAGUUGCAGCGGUUAACACAAUCAGACAUCAACAAAAUAUUGGAGCGAUAUGACCAGGAUCACAACGGGACGUUAGACGGGGAAGAACUCGAGAAUCUGCUGGUUGACCUUUUGGAUGCCAUGCAAGGCGAUAAGAGCUAUUCCACCCACGAUCUUAAAGAGCUGAAGCGAGCCGUGCUUAAAGGUUGUGAUAUGGAUGGAGACGGGAAAAUCUGCAAGAAGGAACUUGCGGUUAUCCUCUUGGCUGUUGUCCAGUCAGGGCUUAGCGCGUUAUACGGCGGUAUUGGCGAUCCAGUCCGCAGUGCUGUGAUGAACAAGAAACCAGCCCAGAAAAAAUAGCAAUAAAUGUGAAUUCGUACAAAGAUUACCCCAGAAUCCCGGUUUUUAUGUUGCAUGUGAUCAAUACCUAAUCAUGAAAAUAAAUUUAGUAUGCUUAUCAAUGUAAUUCGUGUGUUUGGAUUCUUUGUUGAAGAAAUUUCAAGUUUUGCAGUUCAUCUGCGGCGGGCGUUAGUUGCAGAACUUGCGAUGUUCUACGCUGGAACUACUGUUCUUUUACGCUUUCUAUUUGUACAGCAUCCCGCAGCUGCCAGUGUAAUGUAGUACUUGUAUGGAAAUGGUAGGUAACAAACUGCCUUCAAAAGAAAAGGUUGAAAAUGCUCAUUGUAUUUUUGAGCCAGACGACUUCCAAGUUCAACUUUAUUUUCUCUUUAAUAAAAAACGAAUAUUCGGCAAGCUGUCACAGAGUGGGACAAUUUAUACUUUCGGCAAAACGCCUGGAAUACGAGC